CUUCAUCUAUAUUAAGUACAAACACUCUUUUCAGUGGCAGUAGAAUGUUAGACCAUAUGAGAGAGCGAGAGAGAGAGAGAAACUUGAGGAGGACUGUGGGAGUAAAAAAAAAACGCUGUGGUUCUCUGCUCCUCCACACACACACACACACACACACACCGCCAGCACAUCACUCCCUGCCUGGCGCGCGCGCGGUGCUGAGAGCUGUGAGGAUGAUGCUGCUUGUUUUCCCGCCGCUAGCUUUAGCUCUGCUCUCACUGCCCGUGUAUGAGGCGACGUACAGCGGCCCUCUGCAGCCGGAGAUAUCUAACGGCACCUUUCACCACUUCUUCGUUCCGGACGGCGACUACGAGGAGACCGAGGACCCUGAGAAAUGCCAGAUGCUGUUUAAGUGGCUGGACCGCUCGCCGUGUUUGGUGGAAGAGGACCGGGACUCGGUGAUCCGCGACGACUUCAUCAGCAUCAAGCAACAGGUCGAGGACUCGGCACGAGUACUGGAGAGUCUCGAGAGAAGUGUCUCCCACGACCUGGACGGAGAGGACACCUACAGCAAGUACCUGAGGAACGAGAUCGAGCAGAUAACUCAAGCUUUUUCCGGCGUCGAGAAAUCGCUCCUGGAGCUGGAGGUGAAAUUCAAGCAAAGCCAGGAGACGGAUCUGAGAGAGGAUCAGGAGUUUACCAAAACUCUAAUGAGCCCCAUGCUGAGUGUGAGCAGCUCCCUGCAGGAGACACUGGACAUCUCAUCCGGCCUCAAGGACAAACACGAGCUCAUCUCUCUCAUCAUCCGUAGUCAUGGCACUAGGUUAAACCGACUUAAAAACGAGUACUUGAACAUCUAAUGACCUAAGCACUGCUUUAGACUUGUUUUAAAGGAUUAGCGCAUCUUUCUCAAACUUUAAACUCACGUACUGUAGGUACUGUACAUCCAAAUGUCAGGGCUGUGAGGAUGCUUUUGAAGACACCACAGGAAAACUGCAUCUGAACAUUUUUCUGUUGAGACUUAUGUUAUACUAUUAUGUGGCACACACACACACACUAUAGUCGCAUGACUUAUUGCUUUUUUUUUGUCAUUUACAAUCUUUACUUCCUACACUUUUGUGAUUUCUUUAUACUUAUAAACACGUCUAAUCGUGUACUUGGUUAAACAAAACCUGGCAUUGUUUUAUGACUUACUUUUGUCUGAUUGACAUUUCAGGUGUGUUUAUUUAACACAUAGAGGUCAGUGGAGAUUUUCUCCCCCCAGACUGAUUCAGGUCUGAGUCAAGAUGGUGAAUCAGUGGUCCUCAGGAAGCUCGUCCAGUCAGAAGGUAUUUCCUGUGCCACAGAGAAAUACGUGUACCUUCUCCUGUUACACCACAUGGAGGAAUAAUCAAAUCGGGUAUGGUAAAGAAAAUGACCCGUUCUUCCCUUUGCAUGCCCUCGCUAGAGUUUCCCCUAUAUAAUUUUUUUUUUCCGCUGUGAGAUUUAUUUCACUUUUUGUGUUAAUCUUGUUAACAUGUAGACUAAACACUAUAACGAGAUGCACACGCUAUUGUGCCUAUCCAUAUUGCCAUGGGGAAGGACCAAAACCUUUCCUGUAUGGUUAUUCUCCGAAUUUCUAGUUAGACCUAGAAGGAAAGUGAAAUUGCUGACAGCAUAAAGUCAGCAGAUUUGGUCUCUAUUCGUCGGGAGCAUAAGUCUGUCCAUCUGGAUGUGGUUUCUGGUUGCUGAACAAAGGGGAAAAAAAAGAAAUAUGGUAAAAAAAGAUCAUUGCUUACACACUUUUUAAAAAAUGUGUGUCAACAGAAGAAUAACUGACUCAGUCUGAUGCAUAUUCCCUAAAAAAUGUUCUGUAAGGGUUCUUUGGAUGGUUAAGGCCUCUUCACUUUAUCUAUGGCCUCUUUAGAGCAAUCCCAGACAGGGAAGAGAUAUAUGAUAGUGUGGUCAAAUCCUUCUGCUUUUGAUUUGUCUGAUAAUUCCUGUCCACAAAAGAACAGUAGUUUUUGAGUUGUAGUCAUUUAAAAAUGCCAGAUGUCAUUAUAUUUAUUAAACAUUGUCAAACAUCUCAAAACUAAA